AUGGCAAGCCAUUCAUCCACCGAGCUCUCUGCCUUCGACGUCAUGAUCAGCGAGCAUCCGCUGACUGCCGCGAAUCUUGAUAUCGUAGGCGCGUUAGCCACUACGCUGACUCCUCCGAUGACUAAGCUUUCCCGACAGCCCUGCGAAGGAGCGCAGAGCAGCAAACAGAAGGCAAAAUUGCAGCAGAAAUAUUACGCGGACACAAAGCUCCGAGCUGUGGAGUAUGCAGUGGGCAACAAGGAAGCCGAUACCGUCUGGCCCCCUAUCCGCGAUGCGGCAGGCAAUUUAACAGAGCAGUAUGAGGUCGAUUAUAUUAUGGACCAACACGGCUCAGGCGCCGACGCCCAGUUCCUCGUCAAGUGGCCCGGAACCCCCGAAGAUCAAGCCACCUGGGAGCCCGCAAACCACCUAACAGGAUGUCAUUCAUUUGCACACGCAGUAGCACCCUUUCAGAAACUAGCAGAUCUUGCUAGCAGCGCCACUAGCAGUGGCUUGCUGAAGAUUCUUACGUCUCUAGGAACAGAAUCCUAUCACGACCGGAUCCAGACUGGGCUGCUGGGCAAAGCUCUGCGAGCGACUGUAGAGGAGCUCGAGGAGCAAGCGGGUGACCUGGAAGGGUAUCACUUUGUAUUUGUUGGCUCCAAGGACGCAGACCUCAGAGUUUGGCAAGAAACAGAAGCUCUCUUCCAAAAGUACCAGCCGAGUGCCAUCAUUCACUUGGCAGCCAAAGUUGGGGGUCUUUACGAAAAUAUGAGGAACAAUGAGUCAUUCCUCCGAGAAAAUGUUCUGAUUAACACGAAUGUUGUCCGUGCAGCAUUAGAAGCCCGAGUUCCUCGGGCGAUAUUUUGCCUGUCCACAUGUGCUUAUCCGGAGACAGUCCCGAAGCUGCCCUUAGUUGAAGAUUUGGCCCCUUCACAUCCUUCGAAUGAGGGUUACGCAGCAGCCAAGCGCUUAUUGGAACAGCAAGUUCGCUUUAGUCGGCAGCAGCUUCAGGAAGGCAACCCCGGACAUUCGUUUGUUUGGAUAUGCGUAUUGCCGUGCAAUCUCUACGGGCCCCACGACAACUUUGAAGUGAACACAGCGCACGUGCUACCAGCCCUUGUUCACAAGACAGAGAUUGCCAAGCGCAACGCCACUCCUCUCAUCGUGAGGGGAAAGGGAGCUGCCUUAAGGCAAUUUCUCUUCAGCGACGACGCAGCGCGGUUGCUGCUGCUAUUGCUUGUCAAGCGACAUAUUCCCGAGACACAUACCUUGUUAAACAUGUGCCCCGAUUUGGAGGACAGCGAAAUCUCAAUAGGUGAUCUGGCGCUGAUCAUCAAGCGGUGCGCGCAGUUCGACGGCCCCAUAGAGUUUGACGAUACCGCCCCUGAAGGGGUACUAAGAAAGCCUGCGGACAACUCGAAGUUGAGGACUGUUGUCGGCAGCGAAUUUCUCUUCACUCCUCUAGAAGAAGGCAUACAGAAGACUGUGGACUGGUUCAGAGAGAAUUCUGCAGUGGCUCGCACCUGA